AUGCACCCGCGCGUGCGCCUGGCUUCCUCCCUCCCCCCUUCCCUCCCUCCCCCCUUCCCUCCCUCCCCCCUUCCCUCCCUCCCCCCUUCCCUCCCUCCCCCCUUCCCUCCCUCCCCCCUUCCCUCCCUCCCCCCUUCCUCCCUCCCCCCUUCCCUCCCCCCCUUCCCUCCCUCCCCCCUUCCCUCCCUCCCCCCUUCCCUCCCUCCCCCCUUCCCUCCCUCCCCCCUUCCCUCCCUCCCCCCUUCCCUCCCUCCCCCCUUCCCUCCCUCCCCCCUUCCCUCCCUCCCCCCUUCCCUCCCUCCCCCCUUCCCUCCCUCCCCCCUUCCCUCCCUCCCCCCUUCCCUCCCUCCCCCCUUCCCUCCCUCCCCCCUUCCCUCCCUCCCCCCUUCCCUCCCUCCCCCCUUCCCUCCCUCCCCCCUUCCCUCCCUCCCCCCUUCCCUCCCUCCCCCCUUCCCUCCCUCCCCCCUUCCCUCCCUCCCCCCUUCCCUCCCUCCCCCCCUUCCCUCCCUCCCCCCUUCCCUCCCUCCCCCCUUCCCUCCCUCCCCCCUUCCCUCCCUCCCCCCUUCCCUCCCUCCCCCCUUCCCUCCCUCCCCCCUUCCCUCCCUCCCCCCUUCCCUCCCUCCCCCCUUCCCUCCCUCCCCCCUUCCCUCCCUCCCCCCUUCCCUCCCUCCCCCCUUCCCUCCCUCCCCCCCUUCCCUCCCUCCCCCCCCACCCCCUCCCCUUCCCCCUCCCAUCCCCCCCCCUCCCCCCCCCUCCCUCUCCUCCCCCUCCCCAUUAAUUUCCCCCCUCCCUCACCCUCAGAACACAUCCUCUCUAUCAUUCAUAAGACUCACCGGAAGGCAAAUCCUCCCAUGUCAACGUUGA